AAGAGGAGUUCCUGUUGCUUCCAGAAGACCAGACUGUGACUGAGCAGAGCCAACAUGGAGAACAGCAAGCCAAUGAAAGAGGUGCUCCCCCUGCCUCGCAACCCUUCACCACUUCCUGGGACCUCACCCUCUGUGACCCCUGCCGCCCCUUCAAAGAAAUACCACUCGGACACCAUGCAGAAUGUGCAGAUGGCCUCCUCAGUGGUGACAUCGUUCAGCUACCUGAAGCCUCCAGACAGGGAUCUCACGCUGAUGUCCCACAUGAAGUCCAUUAAGUCUCUGAAGAAUGCUGCCAUCUUCACUGGACAAACGUGUAAUAGUCAUGAACUGUUGGAGGAGGUACUGAACGCUGAUGUGAUCCUGGCUGACAUCGACUCCCUGGUGCCGACUCACGAUGAAGCCGGCCGGCCCAUCGCGGAGUGGAAACGACAGGUGAUGGUGCGGCAGCUGCAGGUCAGGCUGCAGGACGAGGAGGAGCAGAGGAGACAGGACAUGACUAAUGGCUACUCACCAGUGGACGGCUGGAAGUACUCCCAAACCCACAACGCCGUCUUGGGGCCCUUUGGAGAGCUCCUAACAGAGGAUGAUCUGGUGUACCUGCAGCAACAAAUUGAGACUGUUUCACUGCAGAAACGCUGCCAGGCCUACGAGCUGGAGCUGACGAGGCUCACCGAGGAGCUGCGGUCCAUUUUACCUGAUUCCAUCUUGAACAUCUCCCUCAACAAAGAGGUCCUACAAAAGAUGGACACUGAGGGGAAAAUGCACCCUACUUUGCCAAUGUGGUGCAGUCGUGUCUCAGAGAUUGUUAAGAGUAUGUCGCUGCUGGUGGCCAACCUGACGCAAACCACAGAAGAAGGGGGUGAGAGGAGCGUAAUGAAUGGAAUAAUGGGAGAGAUGAAGGGUUUGCAGGGGGUUAGCAACAGUUUAGGAAUUGAAUUGGACCAGGGAUUGGUGCAACACGAGCAAGAGGUAGCACAUGAUGAGACCUCUAGUGGUCCUAGGAUUCCUCACAUAGGAAUGGCGUCUACUUUCAGCCAUCGACUGGAAUCCAACAGCUACAGCCGAGCUCGGAGGGAGAGAGUGGUGAGGGAGAUCCAACAGUCCGGGGUGUCGGUCAGAAACCUAAGAUCCAACUUUGAGGGUCAGAUUGGCAGCAUUUAUCCCUUUGCUGGGGUUAUGAAAGGAGGACAGGUAAUGUUUGGAGCUCCAGAAGAAAACAACCUGAAUAGUCACUGCGACCCUCCCAAAACAAUUAAACCUGUGAUGGAGACUACCAGCCUAAGGAAAGAGCGUAUCGUGGUGCUGUUCCUGAGCCACUGGAAGAAAUCUGCAUAUGCUAUUUCAGUGAGAGCAGCGAGGCAGAGACAGGGACAGGAAGCACUGCCAGAGAGAGUGACAGGCGCUUUGCCCCAACAGAAAAUCACCUCCAUGUUUCAAUUCUGCCAACAACGAUGUGCUGUAGACAAGGUGCUUCACUGCUGGAGAAGUAAACUAGGACUCAAAGAAAAAAAAAAGUCCUGUGUGUCCUCCUCAAACUGUUCUCGAGUAAUAUUCUCCCCAGAGCAAUUUCUGCCAGACGUGGACGGUGUUGCAGUGACCCACGACAGCUUGACCCUUGACCUCUUCAUGGUGGGAUACUUCCACAUUUUGGAGCAAGAGCUGCUGCCCGAGGAGAGGAAGAUGAGGCAUCUACUCUGCUUCGAAGUCUUUGACCAUGUCGGCAGUUUCUCCUGGGAGAAGGUGAAGGACUUCCACAAGGCCGUUCUCCAGGAAAUCCAGUCAGGGAGUCGACAGUGGAGCGACGGCUUUGAGGACAUCAAAGUUCGCUUCUUUGGAGACUCCAGACCGUGCCACUGCCCAUCAUCAUCCUUAUUGGCAGAUACCAGACUCCUACCCAAAGUUGUGGUUCAAACUGUGGCUGCAGAUGAGUGCGGCAGGGACUCUAACUCCUCUUGUUUCAACAACCAAGACAUUUGUAAAUAUAUUGACCGUAGCUUUGCUUUCUGGAAGGAGAAGGAGGCUGAGCUGUUUGAAUUUGCACAUUAGUAUUAAGGUUCCAUUUGAUAAUUUUGCACAAAAUAAUGACAUGUUGGUGUGUUUACAAAAGCUGAAUUAAAUGUUGUUGAGAAUGCCUUAUCGAUGCAUUAUUACUGCAAACUGAGUUGAUGAUUACAGUUAUUAUUUGUUUAUAUCCAAAUGAUUGACAAGGCCUCCAAGAAAGGCAUUGAAUUCAACAUCUAUUUACUGAAAACAAAAACUAAAUCCUAUUCAUUUAAUUUGAUAUAUAAUGUGUGUAUUCUGACAGCAGGACCACGGUAAACGUCAUACAAUUCAAAGACUUCCUUAAGAUCUCAGAGAAUUUAUAGAAUGAGUAAGCACUCUAUAUUCAAAUCUUUUAAGUAAAAGUAGCAAGACAGUGAUAUAAAAUGACUCCAAUAUAUGUAAUUAUAUG